AUGGCUGCGUUGGAACCACAAGGACAAAACUGUACUGUCAUUUAUUGUCAUUUGUAUGGCUCCUAUACUGAGAGAAGAUUGAUCUCUUACAUCUCCCAUUGGAAUUCACAGAUGCAGAUCUUCGUUAAGACCCUCACAGGUAAGACCAUCAUCUUGGAGGUUGAGUGUUUAGAUACGAUCCACAAUGUCAAAGACAAGAUUCAAGACAAGGAGGCCAUCUCCCCAAACCAGCAAAUGUUUAUCUUUGCUGGGAAGCAGCUUGAGGACGGUUGCACUUUGGCAAAGUACAACAUUCAGAAGGAGUCGACCCUUCACUUGGUGCUCCGUCUCAGGGGAGGAAUGCAGAUCUUGGUGAAGACCCUCACUGGCAAGACUAUUACAUUGGAGGUAGAGAGCUCGUAUAUAGGGGUGUAA